UGUCAUUAGCCUUUACAGUAGACAAAGGACUAGAAAGUUACUACUCCUUUCCUAGGUUGGGAGGGGGCAGCAGCCGGGGACUUUGGCACUUCAUCAGGCCAGAAUCUAUUGGUCUCUUUCCCUUACUAGGCCAGGGUUGGGGGUUUUUGCUGCCCCCUUUCCUUAUUUGGUGAGGGCUGAGCUCAUCUGACAUGCUCACCCCUCCCUCCGGUGCCUCCAACCUUACAGGGAGAAGGUCAGAUUCUUCAGUACAUGCAACCAGGAGGUUUAGCACUGAGGAUAGCAGUGAAGAGAUAAAGCAAAGUGGUAUGAAAUUUGAAAGGAGGAGGGGUUUUUAAACAAGGAGAAGGAAUAAUGAAUUAGAAACAGGAGUGAGCAACCAGGAGUGUGCAUCCCAGUCUCUAUGCUGUUUUACCUGGAGCAUAGGACAACAGGUGGCCCCAUUGGAAAGGGCAGCAGAGAGGGAAGUGUCUGUGGGAAACAAGGAAGUGGACGAAGCAUUUAGGGAAGUCGUGGGGGCUUCCAAGAGUUUACUGUGGGAUGGGGGCCUGAGGGAGAAGUUGGAGAGAUAGAGGAAUUGGAAGGGAGCGGAAAAGAUAGAGUUGAGGAGCUCAAGGAAGAUGGGUACACAGCGUGGUGACCAGAAAGGCCAAGAAUAAUAAUGGGGACAAUGAUGGGGAGCUUGCUGGCUGUGUACUAGACACUACUUGCUCUGUAGCUGUGUAUACCUGGCGAUAUACCUGAUCCUUCACUCCCCUAAUACUUGUUGAUUCCCUCCUAUAAAGUUGGUAUUGUGCCAGGUUUUAGAGACAGAAAACAGGCACAGUCUCACCUCUUAGAGUACUUACAGUCUAGUGGGGAAGGAGGACACCAAACACAUCAGUUCCAAAUGAUGUGUGAUAUAUGCCAUGGCAGAAGGUCAGCAUGCUCGGAGAUACACAGGCCAGGUUGGAGGCACAGAGGAGUGAUCUGUCUACAGGGAUUCAGUGCUGGGGUUCAGCUGGAGAACCUUGGCAAAGGGGUUUAGGAUGAUGGCCUGAGGUCCACAAGCCUCAGCACCAUGGGGUUCAUGUUUGGAGAAUCUGCUUUGGGGAUUCUAUCUUCAUGGCACUGGGUCAGGUAAGACUGAGGUCCACUUUUAUUCGGACUGUCAUUGGUCAACAGCGGUUGGAGAGAUUAACCUCUGGGAUACGUGAUAGAGUGAGAGCUAUCCUCAGCUUGUUGCCUUCAUGAGAUUUUCAAGUAUUGUUUUCAUCAUUUAGUUUCAUGUACCAGUUUUUCAAACUUGAGUUUUCUAUUUGGAACUUAGGAAAAUUUACUUCUCUCUGAAACUUAGGAAAAAGGUAUAUUAGGGAGAACAGAGAAGUGAGAAACCCAUCAUGAGUUUUGCCACGAGGGUCCCCAGUGAAGUAAAACGAGGGCUCCACAUUGGAGAAAGGGUGAUCCCUCUGGAAGGGAUGACAGGUAAACUUAAAGUGCCCCAUCUGUCAGUGCGGAGGAGAGUUUCGUGACUGCACUUGCAGGGGGUUCAGCGCCGGAGUGGGGGCUCGGCCCCCUCAUGUGGUCAUUGAGCACCCUGGCAUCCUCCUCACCAGAGAAGGCUGGUGCCCCUAGUCAAGCAACUUGACAACUUCAAACCUGUUCUAAUUAAAUUUCUAAUCAUAAAAUAUUUAAGCUAAGAUAGAUUACUUUUCUCUUUAAUUUCUAACAUGUUAGCCCAGUUUUUUGGAUUCUUGGUUUUUCUGCAGCCUCAUAGUGCAGAAAAAAGGUGGUAGAUUUGGAUUUAGGAGGCAGGCCUACAUUGUAGUCCCAGCUUUAAACAUGUGAGCCUUCUGAGCUAGCAUACAUCUCUCAAUCAACCUAAUCCUUUACUUUUUCAUCUGUAUAAUGAGGAGAAAAUAGUGCCUACCUCCUAGGGUUGCUGUAAGGAUGAAGUCCCUAGCACAGUACCUUGCACAUAGUAAGUGCUCAACUUAUGUUACCUGUUAGUAUUCUUAUUUUUAUUAUUGUAUUACCAUAUAGCCAUUAUUAUUAUUGGUAUAAUAGAAAUUGAGAUGAGGUCUCUACUACAGGAAGCUGGUAAAUCUCUCUUUUCCCCUUCUCCUCUCUCUUUCCUGCCCCCACUGUCUCCCUUCCUCUCUGUGUCUCAACAGACAGGAUUCAGUCACUUUGUAAAGCACUUGCAGUUCACCGACUGACCAGACCAUGGCACUCCUGCCUCAGUAGAUGGUUUUAUACAGUAUGCCUAUGUGAGGAAGAGCCACCUUACAGGACCCAUUAUUGUUCACUGCAGUGCGGGUGUGGGCCUGACGGGGGCGUUCCUGCAUGUGGAUGUUGUGUUCUGUGCCAUUGAAAACAAUUUUCCAUUAAGUUUCAAUAUCAUGAAUAUAGUGACCCAAGUGAGAGAACAGCAUCACAGCAUGGUUCAAACAAAGGAGCAGUUUUACUUUUGUUAUCAAGUCGUACUUGAAGUUCUUCAGAAGCUACUGACUUUCAAUUAAGAAAGACUUCUGUUGCCUCACACUUGAAAUUACCAAAUGGCUUGGAGACUCCUCAUAAAGAACAUGUUCAAGCUGUGCUGAAGCGAUUUGCUUACGCAGACAAUGUGUUUCCUUGGGAUAUCAUUUAAUUUUUUUUCUGACAGCUCCCUGAAGGCAUUAUCAUCUGAUUUAGGGUGAACAGUGUUUACCCAUUGGUCUUACUUAGAUAAUAUCAAAAUUUUCUCCCAUUUUUUCCAAUGAAACUAAAGCUACAUAGAACAACUCAGCCUAUUUUGUUGAAGGAUUACAGAGCCCAAUAAAGGACUUGUACUAUAUUCAUUAAGAUUUUUAUUUGGAAAGACAGCUAAAGGGAGCUGAGGAUUUCCAGGACCUCAUAAAGCCUUUACUCUGGGAGAACACAAAGGGCUCAUAGACUGUAAGAUGCCAUCAUCUUACAGGCAUUUCAAGACAGAUACUUAUGCAUGGGUUUUAGCUAGAAUCUGCUUUUAGUUGGUAUUUGAAUAACUCAGUUCCCUAAAGAGUCCAAUUAAGAGGGAGUAACUUUCUCCACAAAUUGGAUUCCGUUUUCCUGACCUCCACAUUCCAGGGGGUUCCCCAGGGGCCUCAGAGGACAAGCUGUCUUUCUAGAGCAGCUGGACAAGGACCUGUUGGUCUGGGAAGCAUGUCAGGAUGGCACAGGUCCUCCUCUCCAUAACAUGAGCACACUGGUCAACAGUCCAAAACUGAAAUAGAGGUAUGUAUAGAAAGUCCAAGAGGAAAUUUUUGCCUGGCUUGAGUUCUUUCCUAUCCCACCCUAACACUUAACAUAUUACUCAUUCUGCUUUGUUAAAAGCAAAUACUACAUUUUUUUUGCCUCUUACUCUGCCCUUUAGCUAACCAAUAAACUUUGAUAUAGGCAUUACUGUAUAAUUCUGAGGGUCUCUUAUGCCAGAUAUAUUUUCAAACUAAGAUCUAUGAUAGUUAUUUUUUCUUCAGAGUUCCAUUAAAUCAUUUCUUUCCAUUACUGCCCCACCUCUGCUGUAACAUUUAGAAGUUGGCACUGGGAAUCAGAUCUUGGAAACCCAAAUUCGUAGUUGUGAAAACAGUUCCAUAUUCUGUUUUUGAAAAGAUGUGGCCAUUAUUACAUUCAUUUUAUUAUAGGACUUUGCCUCAUACAGUUAGUGAUAUUUUGGUCAGGGAAUUUUAGUGACCAGGUAUAUCUGAUUAUAAGUUGUAAAGCAAUUGAUACAUGUUUUUGACACUAUAAUUCAGUAGAGAUCAGAAUAUUCCAUGUAUUAUAUUGAGGAAAUUUCUAAUAUUAAUUUGUAAAUCUUGAAUUUUUAAGAAGCUUGUUUUCUUCCCUUGGCUAAAUGAGUACUUGAAUUGGUUGAAUUAAUAAUUUUCAUUUAAAAAAUAAUUAUAUGUCAGAAAUGUAUUUUGUAUUAAAUCAAAUUGUGACUCCACCUGUUUAUAUUGUUCACAUAAAUAAUAGUCUAUGGUAAAUAUUAAUUUAAUUUUGAUAAUUGGCCUUUAAUUUUUGUACCCCUAAUUUAGUUUUCUCUGUUAUUGUAAAAUAAUAGAUAUGAUAUACAACAAUAUUCCUGAGAAGGAUUCUAUGGUAUUAUCUAAAUGAAAAUACUGUGUUUUGCCUGAAGUACUUUUAUUCUUUGGAUUUGAAAUGUUCUUGUAAAGAAAAAUUUCACAAUUCUUGCUGGUAAGCAUGUCUCUUCUUUAAUGUAUGCCUCAUAUUUUUGUAGCUGGACUAAUGUUUAGAUUUUCAGAGAAAUUAAAUAAGUAAAAUAUGGAAA